CUUUGAUAUUUAUUUAUUUAUAUUUUUUUUUGUGCAGAUUUAUCGUGCGACUUUAUCGCAUAACAUAUAAAUUUGUUGUUGUCACAUGCAUACAAUACUAUCAUUGAAAGUGAAAGAAAGAGCAGGCAAGCCAUAGUAGUGUAUAUAUUCAGUCACAUUCUUUAUACUCGUCAUUUAGUAAUCGCUUACUUAAUUAGACAGUGUGUCGGGAGUUCUGGUCGUAGAAUUUCAUAUUAUAUUUUAUUUUCGAAAAAAGCAAACAUUAAAGAAGAAUAAAAUUAAAGGAAUAAAUUGUGAGUUGUCCAUUGAAAGCAGAGGAAAGCUCUCAUGCUGUGUGCAUAAAAAUCAUAAAUUAUCACUUGCUGUGGCUUAAUAUUUAAUACUAUCAUUGUCGUAAAUACAAAAUAGAUGAAAAAAUAUUGUGACACUUAGGGAAAAUAGAUAAGGAAUCUGUAGAGUGUAAAGAAUUUCUCUUUCAUUCUAAAAGGAAAGCUCACAGGCAAGUUGUGGCAAAAAGCAUAAAACACAAAGAGAUAAAGACAGUGAGGGGGCUUAACAAAAUAAUGACACAAUUAAAUAAGUCAAGUGCUUAAUAUAAAGCCCAUUUUCGAGUUUAUAUCUUUUUGCAUACAUUCUGUGGUUGGUUGCCAGAAAAAAAAUGAAAGGAGGAGGAACGUAAGGACAUAAUAACAUAAAAGAUACAAUAACAAUAUAAGCAUAGAAUUGAAGAAAUCAAAAUAAUAAUAACAAUACACGACAAUAAUAGUGCUAGACAAGUCGUCUGCUGAGUUCAUUCAAAGUGACUCGUGCCGUUUAAUGUAUUGUGGAGUUGUUGAAUAAAUAUCGAAAAUAUAAACUUAAUUUAAAGUGAUUCGUGACCGAUACUAAGAAAAAUUUAUCUAUCAACGGUUUGAUCAAACAGCUGAAAUAGAAGAGAAAUCAGUAGAAAAGCAGCAGCAAUAAGCAAGCAAAAGGAAAAGUUUUAAUCAUAGGAUAAAAGAGAAGAGCAGCUCCAGUAAAAAUAUCAAUAUCAAUAACAAUGCGAAUAAGUUUAAUUGGAAGCAAUUUAUUGUUCUUGCUUGCCAAAUUGGCUAUAGUAAGCUCAAUGGAAGUUUACUGGAACAUACCAUCAUUUAUGUGUCGAAAGCACAAUAUUUUGUUCAACAACACUGUAACAUCCUUUGGCAUCAAGCAGAAUGAUUAUGAUAAUUUUCAAGGUGACAUAAUUUCCAUAAUGUAUGAUCCGGGGAUGUUUCCAGCACUUGGAAAUAAUCUUGAAAGAAGAAACGGUGGGAUUCCGCAGGAAGGGGAUAUUGUGAGGCAUCUACAAGAGUAUAAAAUUGCAGUUGAUGAUCUAAUACCAGAUGUUAAUAAUAGAGGUCUAGCAAUUAUAGAUUUUGAGUCAUGGCGUCCAAUUUUUCGUCAAAAUUUCGGAUCUCUAACACCAUACAAAGAUUUAUCGCUUCAAAUUGAACGUGAGAGACAUCCAUUUUGGACAAAGUCACGUCAGCAACAAGAGGCACAAAAUCGAUUUGAAGCAGCAGGCCGAAGAUAUGUAGAAGAAACUAUCAUUUUAUCAAAAAAAUUACGUCCAAAUGCACUAUGGGGAUACUACGCAUUUCCAUAUUGCUUCAAUAAAGAGUCAAGUGAAUGUCCGAAACAAGUACGAGAUGAGAAUGAUAGGAUGAAUUGGAUGUUUCGUUUUUCUGAUUUGAUAUUACCAUCUGUGUACUUGGCAGAACAAAAAAUGUCGAGUGCUGAAAGGCAGAGAAUGGUCAAGGCACGAAUUCAAGAAGCUAUGAGAUUCGCAAAAAUGUAUAAUAAAAAGACUUACGUCUAUAUACGAUACGUUUAUAUCGAUACUAAAAACUUUUUAUCUGAGACUGAUUUAAUCAUGGUUUUCCAAAUUGCUAAGAACUUAAAGACUAAUGGAAUCAUUUUAUGGGGAUCGUCCAAAGACUUGAGUUCAAGAAAAUUAUGUGAGAAGCUUCAAACUUAUAUGGAUACGACGAUGGGACCUAUAGCACAAUCGUUUAGUUCUAUGCGUGUUCAUGUGAAUUUUGUUGGAUUUUAAUUUUAAUGUUACUUAUUUAAUAAAGUUAAUUUACUUGUUUAAUUUUUGAAGUAAUCAAAUGUGA